AUGCUGCAUUACCUGUAUCGCAACCUCGGCGUCCUGUGGCGUGCAUCGCGUCGGCCGAGCCUGCGCCUGCAGCAAACUUCGGUUCUGCGUCUGCGCGUCGGCUUCAGCGACUUGGAUUACAACCUCCACAUGAACAACGCCAAGUACCUGACGGCCUUCGAGCUGGGCCGACUGGACCUGGUCGUGCGCACCGGCAUGGGCGCGGCCCUGUGGAAGGACAACUAUUACCCUAUCCUGGCAUCGUGCAAGAUCCGCUACGUCUCGUCCCUGGCCUAUGGGGAGGAUUAUCGCGUGCACUCCCGUGUGUCGGGCUGGUGCUCGCGCUGGAUCUAUGUCGAGCAGGCCAUCUAUUCAUCGGCCCCCCGGUCCAAGAGCCCGGAUGCCCCGAAGACCGGUGGCCGACUGGUGGCAACCUUCAUCACCCGGGCAGCGCUCCUGCGCCGGCAUCCCGUCAAGGACCAGUCCAAGAUCGUGCCCCCUGUGGAGGUCUACCGCCGGGCAUUGAGCAUGCUGGCGGACACGGACCCCUCCGAUCCGCUGUUGACCCAGGAAGUCCCGGCGGUGUUCCUCCCCCGGUAUAUCCAGGACUUCGACGAGUCGGAGACCGGCUUCUUCAAUUCCAUGAAGCAGCAUGGCAUCCUGCCGGAGGCCACGGACUUCAGCACCGAGUUCCCUCUCAUCCCGAAGAUGUUCUUCUGGGCCUUCGGCUCCACCCCCACCGAGGACAACGACCGGCAGUUCAAUCGCGACUCCAUCCCGUGGGAGCGCCAGCGCAGCGAUGCCGACCGCCUGGAGUUCGAUGAUACUGGCCCAGUUCGCCCGGCGACCACCGACCCUGGCGCGGGGGACAGCACCAAGCAGGACUAG